AUGACGAUCGCUCCAUCCACCGAACCACAGCAGGCUGACCUGGAGCUGGCCACAGAAUACCUCAAACACUUCUACGAUCUGAAAGAGGAGCGAAUAGGACGAGAGAAGAGGAGCGACUCCACCUUCACCUCUAAAGUGAAGGACAUGCAGAUUUUCUUUGGACUGAAUGUAACAGGUUUGCUAGACUCACAAACAUUGGAUGUGAUGAAGAUUCCCCGCUGUGGGGUCCCAGAUGUGCAGGACUACAGCCUUAUCCAGAGCACACGGUGGAACAAGAACCAAAUCACAUACAACAUUGGGCGCUACACCAGUGACCUUCCUCGGAGCACAGUGGACUCUCUCAUCACAUCUGCCUUCGAUGCCUGGUCCAGAGUCAGCACACUGAAGUUCAUCCGCUCAUACAGCAACAACGCCGACAUCAUGAUGGAGUUUGCAACAUACUCACAUGGUGAUAUGUACCCAUUCGACGGACCGCGCGGUACUUUGGCUCACGCCUUUGGCCCUGGUCCUGGAAUCGGAGGUGACACCCAUUUUGACGACAAUGAGCAGUGGACAGCAGGACCAAGGGGUUAUAAUCUACAGCUGGUGGCUGCUCAUGAGAUUGGUCACGCUUUAGGUCUGAGGCACUCCCGAAACCCAGACUCCCUCAUGUACCCAAACUACAGGGCGUCCAGACCAGCCCACCUUCUGUCUAUGGAGGAUGUAGCCAAUAUCAACGCACUUUACAGUAACAAGUCAUUUUAUUGACCUGUUCAGUUGCCCAUAUACUUGAACCCCUGGCUGUUCCCUCGCCUCAUGCAGGACAGGUGUGCUCCGGACGUGGGUUUUGAUGCAGUGUCCACUGUUGGAGAUGCCACUUUCUUCUUCAGAGGACAAUACCUAUGGAUCAAACACAAUGCUCAGCCAGACAUCAAAGAGGGGCCCAUCUCAAACUUCAUGCCAAAGAUUGAAACCAGUAUUGACGCCGCCUAUAGGAUUCCUCGCAAAAACACAGCCUUCCUUUUCCAUGAAAGCAUGUUCUGGACAGUGAAGGGCUCCACUGUGCGGGGCAAGCCCAGACCCCUCAGCCAUUUUGGGUUUCCUGUUUGGGUGCAGGAGUUGGAUGCAGCUGUGCACAUAGUGAAAACUGGACGCACUCUCUUCUUUGUACAUGACAUUUACUGGAGUUAUAAUGAGAAGAAGCGAGUGAUGGACUAUGGUUAUCCCAAAUACAUCUAUGAGGACUUCCCAGGACUGAAUACAACAGAAACAAUAAAUGCAGCUUUGCACAAAGAGGGUUUCAUCUAUUUCUUCAUUGGAGCACAAGUCCAUCAAUACGACUUCACCCAGAAAUGCACAGUCAGAGUUGAGAAAGCAAACUCUUGGCUUGGCUGCUGAAAUGUUGCAAUUCUGUGAACAUGCCACAAAGAAUUGACUUGACAUCUCUGA